AUGUUGACAUGGGCCGAGUCUGGACCAUUUGCCUCGGGGAACACUCGACAAAUCGUGAACGGAACGCUACUUGGUAGGAACCAAGCCGAGUGUACGCCUCAUGAAAGUGGGUUGCGCGAGGACAAGGCCCGCAAUGUUGCUGUCAACCUUCAAGGGGUAGAGACUUCGGGAGUGGAGGUUCACAAGUCCCCGAACCUGAGUAAGCUCUGCAUGGGUGAUGGGCCCAAGGAAUGGAACGAGAUGGUCGACGAAGACACGGGAGAGACACACGCCCAGGCAGACAAAUCGCUCCGAGACUGA